AUGCCUGUGGCUAUCGUCAAACUAACGUUGCCUUUAUUCAUCGGCACCAUCUUAAACUGGCUUUUAUUGGGAGUUUUCUUGGUGCAGAUAUAUAUCUACUACGCUGCAUUUCCGCAUGACUCUAGACGAGCCAAAAUUGGUGUCGCAGCCGUUCUCGUCCUUGAACUCCUCGAAACUUUCUCCAACGUGAACGAACAGGCUCGCACCUUCGGCGCAGGUUGGGGAGACAUGAAAGCUCUUGACACAGUAGGCAUUGCGUGGCUGUCAGUUCCUCUAAUUGGACCAUUAGUGGCCUCGAUUGGCCAGUGGUUCUUUGCGAUGAGAAUAUAUAUCAUUGGGCGAAGCAUUUAUCUGCCCAUUGUGAUUUGUUUGCUUUCGGUUUUGCAGCUUGCUGCUGGCACAUGGACGGCCGUAAACAUUGCCAAGGCUGGUAGAUUUUCUUUACUUCAAGAGCGUAAUGCCAUCCCCACUCCCAUUUGGCUCGUUUCCGCUGCGCUCUGUGAUGUACUUAUCGUGGCCGGGAUGGUUUACUACCUUAUGAAGUCUCGUGUCCGCGAGUACAGCCGCAUAAAAUCUGCGAUUUCCCGGAUCCUGCUACUUACGGUCGAGACGGGCGCCAUUUGCGCGGUCUUGGUGCUUGUCGACCUGUACUUGUUCAUCGCCUACAAAGGCACCAACAUGCAUCUUUCGCUUUGCAUUGAGCUAUCCAAAGUUUACUCUAACAGCAUAUUACUCAUAUUCAACUCGCGUGCCCGAAUAACUUACCAAAACAGCCAAGACUCUCAUAUUUCGAUUCAUGUGUCUGGUCUCACUCGUAAUACUCGAGACCCGGCAUAUAGAGCGCCGUCCGGCCCGGGGGAAACAACAACUAUACGCUUCGCUCAUGCUAGUAGAUUCACGACGACGACGACACAGAGCGAAUCCGGAGCGGGCAUGCUUCCUGACCCAGAAAAGGCCGUGGACGCUGGAGACGGACAACCAGCGAAAAACUCGGACACGUGUGCUGUAUGA